UUCCAAGUUGAACGGUUAAGCGCUCAGGUCGAAUAGCAGAUCUCAGAUCGGGAACAGUAUCUCCGAACAGUGGAGCCAGCAUCUGGGCUUGAGACAGGUUCCCAACAAUAGCAGGAAAACCUCCCUCAUCAAUUACAUCCGAUCACUGCUCACAGCAAUCAGUCAGGAUGGUUCUUAUGGCACUUUUAACCUUCGCUUUCAUCUUGUGCGCCAUGGCACAGCUGGCUCUCAGCCAGAGCAGUUGCGUCACUCCGGUUGGAGCAGCGGGUCAGUGCAUCCGUUACCAGGAGUGUCCGUUCGUUCAAAGGAUUACUGACAUCUACGGCCGUAACAUUCCCCAGACCAUCUACAGUCAGAUACAGCAAAUGCAGUGCCAAGGCAGCUCAAAUGGUUUCCAUCUUUGCUGCCCUAAUGAGGGCACUCCUCAGUCCUCCCGUAAAGCCUCGACGAAGGUCAUUCGAUCGGAGGGCGGAAAUCUGAGCCGAUACAGCAGGCAGGGUCUGCAAAUCCUAAACGCAGUGACCAACUGCGGCAACAAGGGCAAUCCCAAGGUCAGCGGUGGCAAGACAGCCAAGCCCGGAGACUUUCCCUGGGUGGCACUACUCAAGUACAAUAUCAACAAUCCGCGUCCAUUCCUCUGUGGAGGCAGCCUCAUCAGCGAUCGCCACAUCCUUACUGCAGCCCACUGCAUUGUCGGCCAACCCGAAGUAAUUGCUGUUCGACUGGGUGAGCACGAUCUGGAGUCGGAGGAGGACUGCCACUACCUGGGUGGCAUCAACCGCGUCUGCCUGCCGCCGUACGAGGAGUUCGGCAUCGAGAAGAUUCACGUGCACCCCAGCUACGUCCAUGGGCAGAUCAGCUACGAUAUAGCCGUCAUCAAGUUGGACCGAGUGGUCAAGGAGAAAUCUCACAUCAAGCCCGUCUGCUUGCCCAUCGAUCAGAAGUCCCAGGAGCUGGACUUCGACCAGAGUUUCUUCAUCGCCGGAUGGGGCGGAACCGACAAGGCGGUGGCUGCCACCAAACUUCAGCAGGCCCUGAUCACACGAAAGAAUCUGAACGAGUGCCGCAAGUUCUACAACAAAGAUGACGUGACGGACAACCACAUUUGCGCCACGGGAACCGGAAUCAAGCACACCUGCCAGGGGGAUUCCGGGGGUCCCGUCUUCUUCAAGCACCGGUUCAAGAACACCUACCGAGUGGUUCAGUAUGGCGUGGUCUCCUUCGGCGGUAGCCGAUGUGGCCGGGCCGAGAAUCAGCCGGGAGUUUUCUCCAGCGUCAUCGACAUGUUGCCCUGGAUCACUCAGAACCUGGAGUAGAAUAUCGACACCUGAUGAAAUUGCCUCAGACGACAUCACCUUAUUUAUAUACGCAGUCCUAACAUCACUUGCCUUAGUCUUUCCAUAUGGUAUAUAUAUAUUUAUUAAAUACAUUUUAUAAGCAGCAGUAA